CUCAUUUUGACACCUCCCAACCACCGGGUGACUGGAUUCUACCUUCACUUAUCAAUCAGGGCGUGGAAAGAAACCAUUCAGCGCAGACCAACAUACUAUCAACGGCCACAUCUGUUCGAUUCGCCGCAAGGCCAGACAUGGUUGCGAGUAGGAGAUAAAUUCUGUUGACUCAGAUAACUCUCUCGCCCUCUCAAUUAAGCCUGUACCUUGGCUUUUGUCGGAAUACAUUCAUUUCGGUGGAUAGAUUAAUUUGGUUGUCCUAUCUCCAGAUGGCAGAGUUGGCUUUAUCUCCGCAGUCACGUGGUAUUGCCCCUCCGCUCAGUCUCUGGGGAUGGAUAUCACUCCUCUCGAAAGCUACGGGGAUAACAAUAACUGUGCUCCUCCACGCCCUGAAAACCUCAGUCCGGUCUCCCAAGAACGGCCUAACAACCCACCAACAAAUCGCCUACACCGGAAUCCGCAUCUACCAAUCCAGUCUCCCCGCAACCAGUAUCCAGAAUCUGCGGCCCUCAACAACCACUACGUGCAAGAGAUUCGCCAAAAAGCAUUACAUGAGACACUCCCCAAUCCAACUUCCAGACGGCACAAUCGCUUGCUGGAUCGGCCCUAAGGAUGCCCUUAAAGUGGUGAUUGUGUUCCAUGGGGGAGGUUACAUGGCCGCUGCACUAACCGAACACAUCUCCAUCGGAUUCGCCUUCUCGGACCCGACUCGAAAAGACCUCGCAGUGGUGGUCCUGCAAUACAGACUCGCAUCCGAGAACGCAAACCAUUAUCCAAUACAGCUCCAACAAGCUGUUUCUCUCCUCCAACACCUCCUUCAUGACCUCAAAAUCCCCUCCUCAUUCAUAACAUUAAUUGGCGACUCAGCAGGCGGACACCUCCUCCUCUCCCUUCUCCUACACCUGACACACCCCAACCCCCUCACUGCCCCCCUCAAAUUGGAAACCAAUCUCUCCUCCGCAAUCCUAAUCUCACCCUGGGUAACGGUAUCUACCUCCGCUACCUCGAUGCAACUCAAUUCAGAAAAAGACAUCCUCACCAUUUCCGGCCUCGAAUACUGGGGCCGCAACUUUCUCGGUGGCAAAGAGAUGGACUGUUGGAAUACGCCGCUGAUGGCGGAGGGGCAAUGGUGGGGUGAGGUGCCUUGUGAGGAGAUGUUGGUGUUGUAUGGAGAAGAUGAGUUAUUUCGGGAUGAUAUUGAUGAGUUUUGUGCGAAGUUGAAACAGGCAAAUCAUGCAAAGACCACGGCGCUGAAAUUUGCUAAUGAGAUUCAUGUGCAUAUGGUUAUGAAUCGAUUCUUAAAGAUCAAUAAACCAUGCGAGUCAGAGAAGGUGUUUGCGAAGUGGAUGAAUGAGCAUCUUGGAUCUCGAUAG